GCAUUUAACUGCGUUCCACUUACAAAUUGGCAUUUGAGAAGAAGAGAGACUUUGGAAUAAUUUAAUUUAAUUUUUGUGAUUUAAACUGAAAGAAGGAAAAAUGAAAAAAAUUAUUGAAUUUCAUGUGUUUGCUAUCGAAUUGUACUCUGACGAAAAAAAUAAAAAAGUGAAUAGUGACAGAAAACAAAUGAAGAAAUACAUCAUAUACGAGGAGAAUGGAAAAAAAUAUUAUAGGUGUUUUACCGAUUCAAACAAAUUUUCUUAUUACAACGAACGUAUAUACGAACGAGCAUUGAAAUCAGAAAAUGGAACGAAAAUUCAUCAUGUAAAAUGUUUAUUCGAAUACGAUCACUUUUUGGUAAACGGACCAGCCUUAUACCUCAAAAAUUCAACUUGGGAAUUCAUCAAAUUUGUGCUCAGAGAAUACAUGCCUUUUGGCAUAUUGGAUUUGAAAGUGUUUCCUAUAGCUAGAGAAAUUCUAAACCAGUACACUGAUGACGAAAAAAAAUUUCAAGAACUUUUCAAACUAAUCCCGAUGAAGUUUGUGCCGGAAAAUAAAACGGCUAAGAAAAUCAUGCUUGACAAACUACAAAAUGUAGUAGAAGCAUUGUACAAAGCAAUAGACAGUGGAGAGGAUUCUCUACACCACUUCUGUGAACAGUUUCUCAGAAUAAAAAUAUCGGAACCAAAGCAAAAUACUGAUUAUGAAAACAUGAAGGAGAGUUUUGCAGACUUAAAAUGUUAUGAUGUUAAAAAUAUUUUCAAGGUGGAAAAAUGUGAGGCAAAAUCCAAUCUCACAUCCGGAUCAGCUAUGAGGCUAUUUCAUUCCACUUACUGCAAUCAAAUGUUAAACAUUUUGAAAGACGGUCUACGCAUUGGAUCAAAUCUACCAGAUGUUAAACAACCGGAAACUAAGCGUGCUAAAGAAGGCAUUUACUUUUCUGAAAAACCAUACAUGGAAAAGUUUCACACUCAACACCCAACUGUACUGAUCCUAUAUUGUACAGUCGAUUCACCUAAAUUGUAUGGGGAGAGCAAAGGCCACUAUGUAGUCAGAAAAGAGGAGCAAGUGACAAUUGAUUACAUCAUAGAAUUAGUUACAAAUUAGUUAUAAUGAAAGUAAAUUGAACGUAAUUCCUAAACAUUCGAUGAUUCAAUAAAAAUCAUUGGAAGAAAUGUUUUUCUUCUGAAAAUGUGUAAAAUCGUCUAAAAAAAUAUAAAUUUUUCUAUUUCUUUAGACGAUUUUAUCGAUUCUUUUGACAAAUUCUUUAGAUGUUUUUUUCACUUUUUUUUAGACGUUUUUCUAAUGAUUUUAGACGAUUUCCCAAUGAGCCAAAAUCAUUUAACCAUCAAAAUCGAAAAUAAUUUUCCGUAAACAAUUUUAUCAAAAUCAUCCUCUAUAUUCGAUAAUUGG